AUGGAAAAACGUCUCGGAGAGCUCACUGUUCGAACUUGGUCCAAGUUCGAAAGUAUCAUGCUUAAAAAUGGUAUAGUACGUAAGGAUGUCCCGGUAGGUUUUGUUUUAUUUCUGUGGAAAGACGCAGAUAUUUGUAGAAAAUCAAGGAUAGGGUAGUUUAAGCUACAGUAUAUAAAGGUAGGGUACGGGUUGCUAAAAUUGUGUCGGGCGGGGUAGGGUACAGGAAGGAUAAUUUAGGGCAGAGGGGUUAAGUAGGGUUGGGAGAAGAAAUAAAGGAUAGGGCAGGUCAGGAUAGAGUAAAUUAAAUAAUGAGCUGAUAACGUAAUGAAAUUUCAGACCCGAGGAACUGCAAGCGAAAGGAGAUUAAGGCAAGUGAGGUACACCUUCAAUUUUCAUGAUAAGUGUGACUGUGUUUUGAGAAAGUUGAAGAUGAAGAAACAGAAGAAGAAAAAGGAGAAACAACAGUUGAAUUCAUUAAACAACUUGUUUAUUGAGAACCGAACGCCCACCUCCAAAAUGACACCGUAUAACUUUUAUAAAGCGCUGGGCUUUACUAUAUUUGAGCAGAAGUUUUUCCCAUUGAGUGCGAACGAAUUCUACACUACUUACAAAGUGGAGAUCAACAACGAAGAUGAAAGCAACAUUGAGACCGACAAGAAGCGAAAGAGCAAAAACCCUAAGAACAGCAGUCAAUGA